ACAAAAAUAAUUUACAUUUUAAACACAAAAACUAUUAUAAUUAGGUCUAUAAUAAAACACUUUGUCUCAAUCGUUCCACCUGAGAUUUAACACACAAUUAAAAUUGCCCAUUCUCUUUGGAGGAUGGACCAAAGAGGAGAAGAACAUUUCCUGUUUAGAUGGAGAAUAAAGGAGGGAGUGGAAGGAAUUUUUUCUGUAGGUUAAAUAUUUAUGUAUUACAAUAACGGCAGGGGUGGUUGAUUUGAACAAGUUGUUGUUGUUAUAUAUAAUUUACUGUUAAUGUUAAAAUUUUAAAUUUUAUUAUUUUACGGUAUUUAUUUCUUUUUACUAAACAAUUAAAGCAAUCUCUCUCUAAACGAACUAAUCAUAUAUAUAGAAAAAAAAAGACUAAAAGUGAGAAAACUAAACUGAACGUCAAAAUGAACGCACAAAGAUUAAUUUUUGAAAGAAUUUCCAGCAAAAUCUCCGUAUCAUAUAAAAACACUUCAAGAAACAAAAAGAGCAUAAGAUCUGGAGGAAUAAGAUGAGAACAAAGAUACCGACAAUAAGCCUACCUCUUUGCUCUUAAAAAACACACACAAAACUAUUUCUAACAGUUAUUUAAAAUAAUAACAAGGAAGGCUUCAUCAGAGUAUGUCUUAACAAAUUUUAAUAAUGUUACAAAAAAAAAAAAAAAAAAACACAACCUUCUAUGUUUAUAUCUCUUCAAAACACUUGGCUUUUUGUUUAAUAUAUAUAUACACACACUUUUGUGGAGCAGUUGAGAGAUGUAAUGGAACAGUUAUAAUUUCUUAUGUCAUUUAAAGUGAAGCCUCAACUAAAAUGAUUUAAAUGGUUCUCUCUAUUCAAUGUUCAUUCAUUGUAAUUAUCUUUUUUUUUUUUUUUUUUUUUUCUUUUUUUGUGAAGACAACAAAAGAGCAAAAAAUUAAUGGAGGACAACUAUUUCCGUGAAUUGAAGAAGCAAGCUUAUUUCUUCUUCAAAACUAACAUCAAAAUGGCUCGUUUGGCUCUUACUGAUGUUACUCCUGCUCAAUUGUUGACAGAGGAAGCUACGAGUGGGAAUCCAUGGCCACCAGAUUCACCCACCAUGAGGGAGAUAACAAGGGCAACCUUUGAAGUUGAUGAUUUCUUCAGAAUUGUGGAGAUUCUUCACAAGAGGUUGGAGAAAUUUGAUGGAAAAGAUUGGAGAGGAAGUUAUAAUGCAUUGAUAUUGUUAGAACAUGUUCUAACUCAUGGCCCAAAAAGCUUUGUUGAAGAAUUUGAAGAUGAUAAUUACAAACAAGUUUUGAUGGAGAUGGAUGGCUUCCACUUUGUUGAUCACAAAGGAUUCGAUUGGGGACAGAGCGUGAGGAAAUUAAGCGGAAGAGUAAUAAAGCUUCUGGAGGAUCAAGAAUUUCUACAACAAGAAAGAAUUAAAGCUCGAAACCUUAAUCGCGGAAUCCAUGGAUUCGGAAACCUCAACCGCCGAUCCUUUCCCUUUCCCGAUUCACGACCCGUAAGACUCAAUUACAACAAACACCUCCACUCUGCUUCCAACGAUCGGAAAAUGGCGAUUGAUGAGAAGGAAGAGGAAACUAGAAAGAAUGCGAAAGGGAAAUUGAAGGAAAAUGGUGAAAAUAUGGAGAUUGAUCAUCCGUUUUCUCCGAUUAAGCAUCAUCGCCUUUCACAAUCUCUUCUACAGAAUAACGGUCACUCCUCUCCUCCUCCGCUACAAAACUGAUACCCCAAUUUAGGGUUGAGAAUUAAUACUUUGAAAUGUUUAAUUUUUACAUAAAAUUAGAAUUAAUACCAUAUAUUAAUAUUUACGACUCAAUAUGAUAUAUAAUUCACAUUGUCUAUGACAUGCUUUGGGAUGAUGAUUGUGUAAUUGUUACUUAUUUUUAAGAAUGUUUUUGAUAAUUCAAUAUAAAUUUUAAUAAUGCAAACAUAUUAUUUUUAGAUUGUGUAAUUGAUGUUGAAUGCUUAAACCUGUAUUUUGAAGUGUCGUUUUUAUUCAUCCUUUAUAAAC